GCCUGAGUGAUGUUCGGGAGCUAUGACGUCAUGAAGUCCGCCAAGUGUCCACUCGACGCCUGCGAAUAAGUACACAAGUACGCACCAGCCUCCUCGCCGCCAGGCUAUCAUUAUAUGUUUAAAUUUCACGACAAUGCAUGCAAUCAGCGUGACUAUUCCGUCUUUUCGCUCAGAGAACAACAACGUCGAGCGAGGAUACACGGUGUUCAGAGUGGACGUGCUGAUGAGCGGAAGGCAACACAGCGUGGAGAAACGCUACAGUGAAUUCUACACCUUACAUAAAAUGCUGAAAAAGAGCAUCAAACCGCCUGAGAUCCCUUCCAAACAUAUCAGAAACUGGGUUCCCAAAGUGCUGGAGCAGAGAAGACAUGGUCUGGAGUUUUACCUGCAGACUAUAAUUAUGGAGAACGAGGUUCUUCCAAAGAUAUUCCUGGACUUCCUCAAUCUGCGCCAUUUCCCCUCCUUGCCAAAAACCGAGAGCUGCGGGUCCUUUGAUACCGACUCCAUGGAAUCCAGCAAACUGUCGCACCAGCCGGUCAUGGUGUUUCUGAACGACCCCUACCUGCGGCCCCACCCCCACGAUGCUUUCUCAAACGUUGUGAUCGAAGGCGUCAUACAUGGAGUUUUCUACGCUGACCUCCAGCCCAGGUAGAACUUCUUGCCCGGACAGAAAGACGCAGCACAUUUUAGAGCAACCGAAGCUUACUUGCAUCUUAACAUAUUUUUGCACAUUUAUCACCGCCGACCUGAGCCAAUCAAAUCAAAAUAAGUUCAUUCUAAUGUUAAAAACCUCUAAAAGCUUAGUGGCCACAUGCGUGGACAGCACCUUUUAGAUAUUAUUUCCAAAAUUGUGUACACUACUGAAUUGGGGUCUUAUGGCCACUUAUGUGGACACUUAUACUGCCAUCUGGUGGUGUCAGAAGAGUAUAACAUACAAUGGAAUUUGGAAAAAUAAGAAUUAGCAUGUCACUAAAUACGAAGUCCACGUUUGUGUACUUAUGGACUAAGUACAUCAUAUCAAAAGAUGAUUUUUCGUUUUUAAUUCUAAUUAGGGUCCAAUAAGCCGAAAUAGCAAAGAGAAAUACAACAAAAAAGCAUGUAAACAAACAGCUUGGGCCUUAAGAGUAGAAAAGGGGAUUUAUUUGACGGCAGCUGUGAGAGAACCAGAAGGGAAAUGAGGCGUUCAGGGCCUCUUGGGACAACUGCGGAGCUGGUUGAGAGCCCGCCACUCCCUGAAGAAGACCAGCGCCAGGGUCACAGCGGUGAACGCUAGCGGUCUGCCACCGGGAAGGAUCAUCGGGUUCAUUUGGGACGGACUUUGACUUCCACCAUGAGAUUUUUUUUGUGACACUUGUUCCUCGGCCAGUAUGGGACAUGUUAUUAUUAUUUCAUGAGUUGUGCAAUAUGAAAUCUUUAUUUUUAGCCAGUGUAUGAAAUAACGUCUACCAUUUUUAUACGCCACCGGACCUCACUAACAUCUGCACAUUUGCUUUGAAUCACUACAAAUCCUCAACUCUGCCGUAGAUUUGUGGUGUCGCUGUACUGAUCGAACCACGUGAAGAGUCGUAUUGUGCCAUAAAAAGGGAUGAAGUAUGAAAAGCACUGAGUACAUUUUUUUAUGAUUAAAAAGAAUGUCAAUGACA